GGAACAUCUAUCUACAGAGUUGCAAAUUACCCCCUAAGGAUUUGUGAAAGCAACAUAAGGGCCGUCUCUCAGUCUAACAGCUCAGUCCAGCAGGGUGACAUGAAAGCUCAGUGUCAGACAUGCAAAAAAAUAACCAGGAUCGUCUCAUGAGACAAAGAGAAGUGAUCAAAUGCAGAAUUAAGAAACUGAAUGGCAAGCAAAAUGAAAUCAAGUCAAAGUCUUCUUCAAUGAGAGAAAGUAUAGUGAAGAAGUAUGAGGAGAUGCGGAGAGUUCUGGAGGAGGACUGUAGGAUCACUCUGUCCCUACUGGAGAUGGAGGAGAUGGCUGCGGUUCAAGCACUGGACAACCUCAUUGAGUCAAACUGCGUCCUCCUCAGAGACAUUGAAGUUCAGCUGAAUGAAGGGAUGACGGACAGUGAAAUACAGCCUGGUGACAGGGUCACGAUGUGUGAGGACAGGGUGCUGGAACUGCUAACAGCGACAGACCCAGGUCUCAUAAAACUUGAUGAAGCCAAAUCAGAUCAGCUACUGGGCCUCACCAACAAUUUACUACUGUUUAUCCGCUCCCAGAUCCCCAUUGCUAAGAGGCUGCUGAAGAGCUAUUCCUCAGAAGUGGUCCUGGACGCUUCCACUGCCCAUCCCAAGCUGAUUAUUUCAUCUGAAGGGGACUGUGCCACUUUCACAGAUGAAUGGCAGGAUGUUCCUGAGCAUGAGGGACGCUUUGACACCACCCUUAAUGUCUUAAGCGUCCAGUGCUGGGAUUCUGGUCACCAUUACUGGGAGGUAGAUGUUAGUGGGAAGAUCUACUGGGAACUGGGUCUUACCUACCCAUCCAUCUCAAGAAGAGGCCAAAAGGAGGAUUGUUGGUUGGGCCGGCAUGCUGAGUCUUGGUGUCUGGAGUACUUUGAUGGAGACUACAAUGCCUGGCAUGGAGGUACUGCUCAUUCUUUGCCAAUUUCCAGCUGCUUCCAACGGAUAGGAAUCUUCUGCAGCUUUCCUGGAGGUCUGGUAACAUUUUUAGGGGUGGAUAGCAUGACACCACUGUACUCAUUCUGUGCUGGGACAUUUACCGACUCUCUACACCUGGCUCUUUGUCCAGGUCAUGAUCUUCAGGGAACAAACUCAAAGCCUGUUAAAAUCUGUCGAUCCUAUCAUCUUUAAAACACAUACCUCAUACCAAAAUGCAUAUUAGAAGAUAAAGUAGACCUCCCUAACACAGGUUUGUUUAAUUUCACUCUGACUUUGUGUCAAUUAGACUUGUUAGUUUGUAUUUCCAAUAGUACAAAUGAAAUAUUAAGAACAAUAUUUAACUUUUUGCAGAGCAACAGUUGAACUGCACCACAAACCUUCAACAAAUGUGAUUUCAUUCAUCAUCAGGUAGAAGAAUCAGCACUUGAAAAUGGUGAAAUAAUAGAUUUCAGAGUUUGGGGUCAGCUAGAAUUUUUUGAAAGAACACUCUUAUGCUCACCAAGGGUGCAUUUAUUUGACAAAAAUACAGUAAAACAAAAAUAUUGUGAAAUGUUAUUACAAUUCAAAUGAACAGUUUUCUAUUUUAUUAUUUUAAAUGUGUUACAUUUAUUUAGUGUAUUUUAUUCCUGCGAUUUUUCAGCAUCAAUACUACAGUCUUCAGGGUCACAUGAUCCUAUAGAAAUCAUUCUAAUAUGAUGCUUUGGUGCUCAGUUGACAUUUCUUAUU